CACGUGGGUUUUACAUAACGGUUGAUACUAUUUUGUGACGGAAGACAAAAUGCAUUGAGUUAUAAAACAGAACUGGUGUGUUCGGAGAUUUAUAAAUCAGCAAUGAGGACGUAAUAAUAUUUUGAACGAUGGUAGAUUUAGCUAGAAACGCCUUUAGUACCCAAAACUUUGAUCUAGCGGCAGAAAUAUACGAAAGAACCAUCAUUGAAAACGGGCCAAAAGUCGAUCUUUAUCUUGGGUUAGCUGACAGUUUUGCUAGAAGUGGUAAAUUCACGAAAGCUUUUGAGGUUUAUUCAGCAGCCUUUCGACUCGGUAGAGUGGGCCAGGAACAUUUGAAACAGUUAGUGGCUGCACUAGUUGACACAGUUAAACAAGAUCAACAAAAUUCCAUUCAAAAGAAAUCAUGUAUGUUCACGUGCCUUCUUUGUCAUGGGUUACUCAGUGAUGCUGUGACAGUUCCGUGUGGCCAUACGUAUUGUCGGAAAUGUCUGGAAAAAGACCCAACAAAAACGUGUAAAAUAUGUGGUGUGGUUCAUUACAAACUUAAAAUCAGCAGUAUUCAGUCAAAUAUAUUAUUAUGUAAAUUAAUUGAAAAAUGGUUCGCAAAAGAACAUAACGCGACUUCAUUAAAAUCUAAAGGAAAUGAACAUUUUGAGAAAGGUGAUUUUAUAAUGGCUAUAAACAUUUAUUCUGAGGCCAUUUCGUUAGAUAAAGAAAAUCAUCUGUUAUUGAGCAAUAGAUCUCAUGCUUUAUUUUCUAUAGACCGGUUUACAGAGGCACUAGAAGAUGCUGAUAUUGUUGUAUCGAUAAGACCUGACUGGCCAAAAGGCUAUUUCCGUAAAGGUUGUGCAUUGUAUGGUCUUGGAAAAUAUGAAGAUGCAGUUAUAUCAUUUUUACAGUGCUUAGCUUUAGAUGCCAAUGUUGCCUCAGCUAGAGGAUAUCUUGCCAAGUCGUUACAUUACAUAUUAUCACAGCUUCCACCUGAUGAUCCUAAGGGACUGGCUUUGCAAAACCGAAUGAAUCCAUCUAUGUUAGAUAAACUUAUAAAAGAGAAUUUUAAUACAUCUAUACUACUUCCAGAAUUAAAUUUGAGCUCCUUAUUACAACUACAAAAUAUCAUUGAUGAGAAAAUAACAUCUUCUUAUAAUUUGGAUGCCACUGGUGCUGCUACAACAGAAGAGGGUACAACAAGUACAUGUAUGUCAUCAAGUUCUGACCGACAAAGAUGGAAAUCUGAAAAUGAUGUAAGCACACAGUCAUCAAAUGAAAAUGAAAGAUCCAGAUCCCUAUCUCCAUCACGUAGUAACUUGAGUAGAAAACGUGGACGUGUACUCUCACAGAAUAUACCAACCAGUCCAAUUAGUUCUACACCACAAAAAGUUCUCAAAUCAGAAAAUAUGCCAAACCAUGUGCAGGGUGAUGUGCGCCCCAUUUGUAAUGAACUGUUGAACAAAGAAGAUUUAGAAUGUGCAUUAUGUUAUAGAUUAUUUUAUGAACCAGUUACCACACCAUGUGGUCAUGUAUUCUGUAAACAAUGUUUAGAAAGAUGUCUAGAUCAUCAGACUUGUUGUCCUCUAUGUAAAAGUUCUUUAGUUGAGUAUUUAGCAGAAAGAAGACGGUCAGUUACAGAAUCUAUACAAAGUAUAAUACAGACAUAUUUUUAUGAACAUUUUGUUCAGAGAAAAACUCAACAUGAUGAAGAAGUAGCAGAACUUGCUAAAAUGGGAUUAGAUAAUAAUGAGAUUCCAGUAUUUGUUUGCACAUUGGGCUAUCCAGGAGUUCCUUGUCCUCUCCAUAUUUAUGAACCACGUUAUAGAUUAAUGAUACGUCAGUGUAUGGAGUCAGGAACACGUCAAUUUGGAAUGUGUAUUAAAACUUCCGAUCCUGAAGAUGGUUUUUCCGAUAUUGGUUGUAUGUUAGAAAUCCGUGAUGUUCAAUUUUUUGCUGAUGGUCGAUCAAUAUUAGAUACUGUGGGAGGAAGACGUUUCCGUGUAUUAAGCAAAGGUCAUCGUGACGGUUAUGAUACAGCUAAAGUAGAAUUUCUUAAAGAAACACCAAUAGAUCAAAGUGAUAUAGAUGAAGUAUUAAAACUACAAGAGGAAACCUAUGAAGCUUGUAGAUCAUGGAUAAAUAAUUUAAGGUUGGAUUGUCAACAUAAAAUUAUUAACCAUUUUGGAGCGUUUCCUCCUCAAGAUCCUACACCACAUACUUCACCAAAUGGACCUCAAUGGGCCUGGUGGGUGACUGCUGUUCUUCCACUGGAUCCUAAAGUUCAACAAGCCUUGUUAGCUAUGACCUCUCUGAAAGAUCGUUUGCAGGCUUUAAAAAAAGUCAUGAAUUAUUUAAAUAAAAAACACUCCAAAUGACUGCUAAUAAUCCACUCAUUUUUAACAUCAGAGUUUUUCUGGUAUUUUUGUAUGAGUGUUCUUGUUUUGUACGUGUCUUGGUUUAGUCAAGAUUUCUGAUACAAUUAUAUUUGUACUACCUCCUUGAAAUCCCUCUCUAUGCACAAUAAAUUCACAGACAUGUAGUGUUGAAAGGUACUUUCUCAUUUACAUUAGAUGUAAUUAUUAAAAUAUUGAGAAUAACCUCUGUAAAUUAAGUACUAGGGACCGAUAUUAUGUAUUGGUAUAAAGUUUCAUGUAGUGUUUGUUUUAGCACUUUUACAUUACCAUUAUGUAAUAUUUAGCUUUAAUGAAGCUGGUUAAAACAUUCAUUGUAGUAUUCUGUGAUUUGUUAAUGUCAUCAUGAAAUUGUUUUUUUAUUUUAACCUUUAACAUACCUGAUAAUGUUUUAAUUGACAGUAUUUGGUCAUUAAUGUGGUCAUAUAUUUCUGAUAAUUACCUAUAGAGUUAUUGUCCUUUAUUGUCCCCCACCUUUCGAAGAAAGCAGGGGACUAUUAAAAUGGGUUCGUCUGUCGGUCCGUCCGUCCGUGGGGGGUUGGAUGGCUGAAUGGUUAGCGUGCGCGCGCUGUAUCAUAAAGUCUGUCAUUGAGUCGACUGGCGUGGUUUCGAAUCCCCGGUUGUACGUGGCAAGGAGUAGGGUCGCCUGUCCAACCUCGUGGGUUUUCUCCGGGUCCUCCGGUUUCCUCCCACUGCUAAAGACCCCUACGCGCAAGCGAAUUAUGUAAAUAAAAUUAAACCAUAUGUUAGUCCCGAAAUGACCUAGUUUGUGUCGAGUGGACGUUAAACCCCAUUUCUCUCUCUCUCCCCGUCCGUCUGUCCGUCGGUCCGUGGUGUAGGUGUUUAUUAGAUCAAUGCCUUGAUGGAGUUCGAAGAUUAGCAUUUUCUGCUUAGGGUAAGCAGAGAUAAGCAAUUUGAUUGAUUGAUGCUUUGGGACACGAUAACUUUAGUUCUAAUUAAGUGAGAGUGAUGAAACUUGGAGUAUAGUUUCAUUACAUCAAUACCUUGACUAAGUUCGAUAAUGAGCAUUUUCUGCUCAGGGUAAGCAGAGCAAUAAGCAAUUUGAUUGGCCGAGACUUUGGAACACAAUAACUCUCCUCCUAAUUGAGCUAAAAUGUUCAAACUUGGUGUAGGUGUUUAUUAGGUCAAUGCCUUGAUGGAAUGUGAAGAUGGGCAUUUUCUGCUAAGGGUAAGCAGAGAUAAGCAAUUUGAUUGGUUGAUGCUUUGGGACACGAUAACUUUAGUUCCAUUUAAGUGAGAGUGAUGAAACUUGGUGUAUAGUUUCAUUACAUCAAUACCUUGACUAAGUUCGAUAUUGAGCAUUUUCUGCUAAGGGUAAGCAGAGCGAUAAGCAAUUUGAUUGGCCGAGACUUUGGAACACAAUAACUCUCCUUCUAAUUGAGCUAGAAUGUUCAAACUUGGUGUAGGUGUUUAUGAGGUCAAUGCCUCGAUAGAGUGCGAAGAUGAGCAUUUUCUGCUUAUGUUAAGUAGAGAUAAGCAAUUUGAUUGGUUGAUGCUUUGGGACACGAUAACUUUAGUUCUAAUUAAGUGAGAGUGAUGAAACUUGGUGUAUAGUUUCAUUACAUCAAUACCUUGACUAAAUUCGAUGAUGAGAAUUGUCUGCUUAGGCUAAGGAGCAAUAAGCAUUUUGAUUGGUCAAGACCUUGGAACAUAAUAACUCUGCUUCUAAUUGAGGUAGACUGUUUAAGCUUGAUGUAGAUGUUCGUCUUGACUUGAGUUCAAUGAUUAACAUAUCGAGCUAAAGCUAAGCAGAGAUAAGCAAUUUCUUUGGUCGAUGCUUUGGGACAAGAUAACUUUGAUUCUAUUUGAUAGAGAGUGGUGAAACUUAGUGUAUAGUUGAUAAUCAGUUUGAUUGCUCGAUACUUUUGAAAAAAAUAGAUGUGCAAUUAAUUAAUAUGUGUCAUCUAUUUAUUUUGGGAUUUCGGCGGGGACAUUUACUUUUUACCGCAAAGGCCUACCCAUAACCAGAAAAAUGACAAAUAAAACUAAUUAUAUAUUUGUUUCCCGAAAGGGUUGUGGGAUAAGGCCCCGAUGUCUAACCCUAUCUUCGCAAAAGCAUAAGGUGGGAUAUUUUCAACGUCAUGAUUUUACAUCCAAAACUGAAAAUCUAUAAGUAUAUGUGAUGUGGGUAGCCAUCCCAUAUUUCUCUCAUGAAGCUACUAGUUUCAUUCUUAUGCGAACUCUUUACGCUUAAUUGAUAUUGUGCGGAUGUUCCCUUUAUAUGGGCGUGGGGGAUCAAAGCACAAUAGAUAUCUGAGAUGGACCAGAGCAAUUCUGUUUCAUCAGAGUCGAUGCUUUUAUAAUUAUGUGAGAACAGACUCCGAAUCCUAUUGACUGUAUCGUUUAAAAUAAACAAACAUAAUAUGGGAACUAUUUGGAUAACUAGACUAGGUUAUUGAAGUGUAUUUGCACAAUUUUUAAAAAAAAAAUACUAUCAGUUUCUAUAUUAAUACCAACUUCAUUGUUUAAUGCAGAUUAGUAUGUUUGGUGAAUUACAUGUUCAUUCUGUUUACUUAGCCAGUUUAAAAACCAAUGUUAAAGUGGAAGAAAUUAUCAUCCCUGGUAUCAAUGCCAUUUUAAAUUUAUUAUGUUAGUAAUAAAUAUUGUCUCUAGAUACAGAGAUCACUACCUCAGAAAUGAUCCAAAUUUGCUGAAUAGAAGUAAAAGUAUAUUCCAUUCAUCAAGAAAAUUAUAUUACAUUCAAUUUAUAUGUGUCAGAUCAGGUGCCUUAUAGUAAUCCUAUUUUGUCUAAACACAAUGAUAAUUUGAGUCCAAAAGAUGAGAUAUUGAAUGAGUUUUGGUAUCAAGUCAGGGUAGAUAAUAAAACUAGGAUUAAUUCCUCCUCUGUGUGCAAUAUAUGAUUAAUGAAGAAGAGGAAUUGUGUAUAUUAUAGUGAUUGUUGGUCUUUGAGUAAGUUAUUUUUAGCAAAGUAAAUUAAUGGUAUUUUUUGUUACCGUUUGUGAUAAGAUGUUGAUAUGUGAUAAAUAUAACCACAGACAAUUUUCCUACUGAUCUUACUGUUAGUUAUAUCAUGAAUUAUUUAUUAUUUAGUCCAUUGUUUUUGAUAUAGUUAAGUACAUGAUAAGUCAAACACAAAGACUUAAUUUAAAAUUUUAUGAUAGGAACCAGGGCCCUGUUUCACAAAAUUUUAACUAAAGGUAAAAUCCAAAUUUUAGUAAAUACUUCAAUUUUGGUUGGCUAAGCACUACAAUCAGUCUAAUAUUAUCCAAUCAAAUUACUAAAAUUAGGAUUUUAUCUUAGUUAAAAUUUCGUGAAACAGGCCACAGAUUUUGAUGUAGAUAGUUUUAUAAAUAACAAUACUCAAGUAAAAAUUUAUGAACAGAAAAUAUUCACGAAUUAAAAAAAAAACGUUUGUAUAGAUAAAUUCCUUGAGAAAAGCAGAUUUCUUGGAAAUAAUAUUUAAAAUUUAGACAUAUUAGAUUCUCUUUGAUCUUUGUAUAUAUUAUGAUUUCAAUAUUUAAAUCAGAUUUUUGCUUUAUUUGAACAGUAUCAUUAUUGUUUAUUCGAUUUCAAUAAUUAUUGAGAAGUACUCAAGUUAUUUCUUUAAUCGCCAAUCAGUGAUGUUUUAGUUGAAAAUUAUAUUAUAAUCAUGGUAAAAAACCCUAUUUCAUUUCAUUAUAGUCAUGGUAAAUGUAAUAAUCAUUAUCACAUCAUAGUUUUCUACAUGAUAUUACUAAUUCAACCCUCUCCCAUCCUAUAUGGUGGACAUAUUUUAAAAUAAUCAGUAAAUAAUUGCAAUAUUAUUAAACUUUCAAUACUGAAUGAGAUAUUUUUCAACAGACCUUAAUAUGAAAUUUUAGUUGAGUUUAUAUAAAACCCCAAAUUGUAAAUUACUUGUGUAUAAUACUAUUAUAUUAUCUGUUGAUGAAAUGAUGAAUAAAUUCUUGUUUAACUUCA